AUGAUUAUCAAGAAGCGUCUUCGUGAUAAAUACGUUGUUGCCAGAGAGAAGCCAAAGAAACGGUUGAAGGUGUUGAAGAUGGUUGCUGGGAAAUUCUACUAUCCAAAGGAUAACCCAAAGAAACCAAUGGGAGAAGAUGCAUUCUACAUCUGUGAGAAACAGCAAACCAUGGGUGUGGCUCAUGGGGUCGGUGGUUGGGCCAAGAAAGGAAUCGAUGCUGGUGAAUAUGCCAGAGAGCUCAUGACAGAAGCUAUGAAUGCUGUUCAACUUCGAUCAAAGGGCUUUGUUGAUCCAAGAAAAGUGUUGAAUGAUGCUUUCUUGAAUACCAAAGCAAAAGGAUCAUCUACCGCAUCAUCUAUUGUUACUCUGAAAGAAGGGGUGUUGCAUGGAGUUAAUUUGGGGAAUAAUGAGAUUAGUGACAGCUCUGACUCUGCAUAUGAGUAUGAGAUUUCAGUAAAGGCAGAGGAUAUUCUAGUGUUAGGUAGUGAUGGACUUUUUGAUAAUUUGUACGCUGAUGAUAUUGAAGAAGUUCUGAGGUGGACAAAUGGAGUGUUUGAAGUUAAUGAUUUGGCUCAGCACAUAGCAGACAUUGCUCUGUCCUUUUCCAAGUCUAAAGAUUUUCGAACCCCUUUUCAGGAUGCUUCUGAGAGAGAAGGACACAGUCAUAUGGGUGGAAAGAAAGAUGAUAUCACUGUUUUAGUGGCUCAAAUUACAGUAUGA